AUGUCUCUUUCAUCAGUUCCAAGUGAGAACGCUAUAGGUUUGCGAAAAAUUUCGGAUGGUGCUAGCGAAGUCAUUCGCGGUCUUGAAGCUGUUGAACAAAAUGAACGCGAUCAUUGGCUCAUACACAUUCUACUAGCAAAACUUGAUCCUGAAUCUCGGAAAAAGUGGAUAGAGAGUAGUCGAACUAGUAUCAAGCCCACAGUUCAGGAAUUCCUUGCAUUUUUGGAUUUGCGAUGUGAGGAGUUAGAGCUUUCGCAACGUAAGUCUUCAACAUCGUCAACCAAACCGUCGGCUGGAGGUAAGUUACAUGCUUCCCAGAGUUUAGUUGCUGUCAACAAUCAACAGAAGUGCCACAGUUGCAACUCAGCAGAACACACGUUAACCAAGUGCCCACAAUUUGCAUCACUCUCCAUUGUUGAAAGACGCUCAUUUGUUAAAAUCAAGUCGUUGUGUUUUAAUUGUUUAAAACGUGGCCACGAUGCGUAUAAGUGCAAAUCAUCAUUUCGUUGUAAGGUCUGUAAUCGGCGACAUCAUACGCUUGUUCAUCAGCAGUCUGCUGAAGCUACAUCGGACAAUAAGUCAGCUUCAGCACCAACCGUUCCAGGAGCGGUUUCUCUGAACUCAGUUGCUAAAACCAUGAAUCUUUCGCAUAUUGGUGGCUGUCCAAGCCAAUACAUGCAUACAUCGCUCUUGCCAACUGUGGUAGCUGAGGUUCGUAAUGCUAAAGGUAAUUUUGUCGAAUGCAGAAUAUUGAUCGACUCUGCAUCCGAACUGUCUUACGUCACUGAAAAAUUUAUUCAACACCUGGGCAUUUCCCGGACGCCAUCGCGCAUUGUAAUCUGUGGAAUAUCAUCUGUAAAGGCUGAUACUACACGCGGCUGUAGUAUGUUGUCGUUGAAGUCACAAGUCUCGCAGCAUAUCUUAACUGCGAAGGUUCAUAUUUUAAAGCAAAUCACUACACCACUGCCACGUGAUAACCUUCAAACAGUUGAUAAACGUUUUAUCAGCAAUCUCAUCUUGGCGGACCCUGCUUUUGAUCGCUCAUCUCCUAUCGACGUUUUGUUAGGAGCCGAUUAUGCAUGGGAUGCACUCACAAUGGAAAAGAUUCACGACUCACAAGGGAAGACCAUCGCAAUUUCAUCAAUAUUCGGCUGGAUUAUUACAUCCGCAGAAUCGGUCAACGAGCGUCAAUCGGUUUCAUCACUUAUUGCGGUUAUUGACAUUGACCGUUCACUUCGAAGUUUUUGGGAGAUUGAAGAAGUUUACCCUGAUGCAAAUAACGACGCUAGCUCAAUUAUCGCUGAGGAAACCUUUCGCAAAACACACAGUAGGCAUGUAGAUGGCCGGUAUGUGGUAUAUUUACCAUUCAAGGAAGCAGAAGUCCAUUUUUCGGAUACCUUUCAACGCGCUUUGGCUCGUUUCAAUGCAGUGGAGCGACGUCUUCAGAAGAAUAGUUCACUCAAGGCACAAUACAUCGAUUUUAUGAGGCAAUAUGUUGAACUUGGUCACAUGCUUACUACAAAGUUACGUGCUGUAUUCGAUGGCUCGUUUGAGGACACAAAUGGGGUCUCGUUAAAUAGCAAACUUCAUGUGGGACCUUCCAUACAGCGCAAUUUAAUUUCGGUUUGUAUGCGCUUUCGGUUCCAUCGCUUCGUUUUUUCGGCCGACGUUGUUAAAAUGUUUAGGCAAAUCUGGGUGGUAGAGCAGCAUCGCAACUUUCAGCGCAUACUUUGGAGGGAAGAUCCAAGUGACCAAUUGAAUCAUUAUCAGCUUUGUACAGUCACUUAUGGCACGUCGUCUGCUCCCUUCCUUGCGGUGCGUGUCCUUGAACAAUUGGCCGAAGACUACAAAAUGCAAUAUCUAGUCGCCGCUAAAGUGUUGCUUGAGGACUUCUAUGUGGACGACGUCCUCACAGGUGCGGAGUCUGAAGCUGAACUAACUGCCGUUCGAGAUCAACUAGUCCAGCUGCUGUCAUGUGCUGGGCUGGAAUUGCGUAAAUGGGCAUCCAAUUCUAGGGGCAUCGUUGAGGAGUGCAGCGGUGUUUGCGAUCCGAGGUUCUUGACACAAUCGGGUGAUGGAUCGACAAAGGUUUUGGGCAUAUACUGGAAUACCAACGUCGACACAAUAAGGUAUACGGUAAAUUUGAAUUCACACAUCAAUGCUACAAAACGACAUGUUCUUUCCGAUGCGGCGAAAAUAUUUGAUCCCUUGGGACUUGUAGCUCCAGUCGUUAUACAAUUCAAGAUUCUAUUUCAAGAGCUGUGGCUACACAACCUGAGAUGGGAUGACGAACUACCUAAUAAUCUUGCAGAUCUAUGGUUUAAGUACAGGCAGGAUUUGUACAAUCUUUCUAACCUAGUAAUUAAUCGGUACGUCUGCAACUCUACAAGCGUUAUUGAGUUGCAUGGGUUUUCCGAUGCGUCUACAAAGGCUUACGCAGCAGUGGUUUAUUGUCGCAGAAAAGACAAAUAUGGAAAGCUACAUACGUCAAUUAUCGCCGCGAAAACUCGGGUCUCACCAAUAAAGCAAAUUUCUUUACCGAGGUUGGAGCUAUGUGGCGCAGUGUUACUAACACGCCUGAUGAGAUCUGUGGUGGAGUCUUUCGCAGCGCUGCUGCAGCGACAAUUAAAUGCAACGCCAAGCGACACGCAACGGCAUUGCACAUCAUUGAACUCUUGCACACUCACCGCGCAUACAAUACAACAUAACGAACGCCAAAGCGUCAGCGUUAGCGCCAUUCCAGCUAAGGCAGCUAUGUAG